AUGAUUCGGUAUAAGCCUACAAGUAGUUCGAUUAAGAGUCAUCAGUCGACGGUGAGUUUACCGAAGGAAGAAGUGAAUAUUGUCCUACUCGGCAAACAAAAUGUCGGCAAAUCAGCACUAGUUGUGAAGUAUUUGACAAAACGUUUCAUUUGUGAAUAUGAUCCAUUUCUCGAAGAUACAUAUUGGAAACCAGAUACUGUCGAUCAGCAAGAAGUGCUUGUUAAAGUUAUGGACACAUAUGGAAAGGAUGAUAAACGUUUACCUUAUUAUUUAAAAUGGGCUGACGCCGUUUUGAUCACUUACAGCAUCACGCAGCAGGAUAGUUUCGAAAUGGCUUUGGCUUAUCUCGAUGCAAUUACGAAUUAUUCGAGAAGUUUAAGCAUCUCAUCAAACGAACUGGUUUUGAUACUAUUAGGUACUAAACUCGAUCUUGAACGAAUGAGAAUAAUCCCGAAGUGCGAAGGUGAAGCUAUUGCUGCCAAAUUUAGUUGCGCCUUUUAUGAAACAACAGCAGCCGAAGAUUAUGAAUGUGUUCGACAGCUUUUCCACCGAACUGUACGAGAAGUACGGAAAGAACGCGAGCGCGUUGUAGCAUCGAAUUCAAUUAAUGAAGAAGCAAGAUCAACUAUUCCGAUUCAUUCAACGAUAAAUUUUCCUUCUCCUUCCUCGUCUUCAUCAUCAAGCUCAUCGAUACAUUUCACGACAGCAAACGAACCAGAUAAACUACCAUCGAUCAAUAUCCCAUUACCGCCACCUCUACCAGUAAAUCUCGUACAGAGAUUAGGUAAACAAGGUAAAGUCGAUUUGCAGUCAUCGAUUCAUUCGUCUCACACAAAUUUAUUACACUCCUCAACGCCAAAAGCAGGUUCGCCUGUGUCAACACACAAUACAUCUCAUGUAACAACACCGAAAGCAAAACGACCGCCUUCGAAAACGUCUGUCUUGUCUAUGUUUUUCAAAUGA